CCUCUCUCUUCCUCUCCCUCACCCCCUCCCUCGUGACGUCAUCAGCCCGCUCCAGUGGCUGUGUUCGGAGCGUCUCGCGCUGCUUCCUCCCGCAGAGUCGCGCUCGCGGACGGACGGGAGACCAGCGGCGGUGGUGGCGGCGGCGCAGGCGGUGGUGGCGCUGUAGCAUUUAGCAUUUAGCUUCUUCUUCUCCUCCUCCUCAUUCUUUUUCUUUUCUCCUCGGCUCGGCCGCUCGGGGGGGAAGAGUCCGGGGCUCAGUCGCACUAUCGCAGGGUCUGAAUGUGCGCAGCAGAUAAGGAGGCGUGCGCAGUUUUCUGAGCCGUUCCUGCAACAACCGAGACGAUGUCCGACGCCGCUGACGCUCCUCCCGCAGACAACAGCGGAGACUCCGGGCUGAACGGGUCCUGGGUGGAGUUGGAGAUGAACAGAGGUGCGGCUGGCUUGGCCCAGUCAUCCUCCGCAGGCGGCCUGGGCUCGGCCCUGCUGCCCCUCCCUCAGGUGGAGGAAGAGGAGGCCAUGGUGGGGGGGCUGGAGCACGUCCCGUCCUCUUCAUCGAUCCACAACGGAGACAUGGAGAAAAUCCUGUUGGACGCCCAGCACGAGUCGAGCCGCAGCAACUCCUCUUGUGACAGGUAAUGUAAAGAAGCCGUUCUAAACGUGAGGGGAAGAUUGAAUUCCCAGGAGCUUUGUAGUUAAUUAGAAAAUAAUUCAUGUAAUCAGACUCAGUAAGCAACACAAAAAACUGUUGCCUUUGUGAAUCCAGAUGAGGAAACAGGAAUUUCCACCACAGUAGAAGAGUUAAUAGAAAAGUCAUGAGUUUUUUGGGUUCAUGCAGGACUUUGUGUUUACAGCUGCGGAGGAUAAGGCCACAUGGGGAAGUUGGUACUUGUGUAAUGUUCUUCUUGACUUUCACUAAGUUAAGGGCAGCCUGUUUUACAAAACACAGCACAGUUGAUUUUAGAGCUGGAGCCGAAAACAAAAUCACUUAAUUCUGACCCUGGAUCUGAUGUGAAGAUCUCAAACUGAAACCCUGCUCCUCUAACUGCACCGAAGGUGUGAUGGCCAAAACGAGGUAACUUAACUAAAAGGAUUUACGAAUAUUCACUUGUAUGUUUAAUUUAAAUACUGCAGGGCCUGUUGUAAAAUUUUUUAGUUUUGUUGAUACUAAACGUUUAACACAGUUGUGCUGUGUGGACGCUCAUCUGCCAAUAACGCAGUAAAAGCUCGUUUGGAAAAACUGCAACAGAAAAAAACUUUUUAUAGGAGAUUUUUAAAGUUGGACUUGACUCUUUUUAAAUAUUCCUCAACUUUCCUCAGUAAUCUGGUGGAAAAGUGAAAUGACCUCAUCACCCAACAGCAGCUUCUCUGUCAUAAUUACACCCCCGACAUGUUGAGUCAGGAGUUGAGUCGGCUUCUGAAAAUAAACUGAUGUCUUCUGUCUUAGCAUGCCUCCCAUUUUACUGAUCCUGUCUGUUGGGGUCGCGGCCGCAUCAUGUGCUUGCUUGGGGCUGCGGUGAAGCGGAGGUUAUCAGAGAGCGGGGCGGUCAGCUGUCAGUGAGUCACCUGAUCUGAUUCCGAAAACUCAGAAUCAACAAGCUGCUCUGACAUUUGAUGCUGUGAAUCCAGCAGGAAAACAAAAACCUGCACAGCCUGGUUUUUUAAUACUUUUUUAGAACAGUUUCAUUCAUAAUUAAAUGAAAAAUCAAAUCCAAUAAACUUAAUAUGAAAAUCUGAGGAGGAGGGGAAGAGGUUUUUCUUCUUUUGAAUCAGAGUGAGAGAGGAUCUGCAUGUUUAGUGUCUGUAAAUUUGAAUAUUCCUGCUAAUUCUCUAAAUGAGUAACGAGGCACUGAGUGUUGAAACUUAAUGUGAAAAUAGUGUGAAUGUGUGGUACUUCCUGUAUCCAAACACCCACAUUAUUAGUACUCCAUUAAACCUUAAUGUCUAACACUCAGUACCUAAGCUACUGUUGCCAUGGAUACCUGAUGUGUAAUAUCCCGUGUGCACUUGUUUGAAGUAGUUUUUAAACUUUUGAUCUCAGCUAAUGUACGUUUUAAAGUGUUCUGUUCUACUGUCAUUCAUUCUCCUCGGUGUGAAACCUUUUCACUCGCACAUCAGAAUUUCAGACUUCAUGAUAACGAGUCUUGUGACUCAUCGCUGUUGACUCC